AUGGAUGGCUCGAUAUCUUCGUUGCGGACGCAGACUACCCCAUCUGCCCUUGGUCUUCCCGCAUCCGAAGGCUCGCGUCCCGAUCGUCCAAAGCUACUCUUCAUGGGCCCACGCAGUGGUGGAAAGUCUUCAAUUCGAGAGGUUGUCUUUCAUAAGCUCCAACCAGACCAGACCCUCCAUCUCGAAACAACCAGAAGAAUCACUCAGGAUGACAUCAAAUCUUUUAUCGAUUUUGAGAUCUGGGACUUGCCCGGACCGCUGGAUUCAGAUGGGCUAACCCUGCCAUUCGCACACGUGGGAGCCGUCAUCUUUGUGAUCGAUGCUCAAUCUAGUUACCUCAGCACCAUUCCACAAUUGGCAUCAACCGUGAUACAGGCUUAUCAGACUAACCCGGCGCUUCACUUUGAGAUCUUCAUGCACAAGAUUGAUGCUGUUACCCCUGACUACCGAAGCGAAAUCAUUGAGCAAGUUAAAGAUCGCCUGACGGACGAACUAUCGGAUCGAGAAUUAUCAAUCUACGGCGUUCCAACAAUUGCCAUCGAACUCAGUCAUCGGAUAACGUACAAGCUCACGACUGUUUUUGAUUACUCUAUCUACGAUGCCCUGAGUCGAGUGAUUAUGAAAAUCGUCCCCCAACAAGCGGCUCUUGAACAUCUGAUGAAUCUGCUUGCUCAGCAGAGUGGAGUCGAGAACUGCAUUCUUUUUGACACCUGGACCAAACUAUAUAUCGCCACGGAUUCGUCACCCACAGAGAAGCCGCUGCUAGAGAUGUGCACUGAAUUCAUGGAUAUAUUCACAGACCUUUCGGAACUCUAUGGAGUACCACAGCAGAUCUCGCCAGUCACAAGACCUACCUCGAUGACCAAUGGAUUAGGAAAGAGUCUACCCAUGGUUCCUCCACGGGUUCCCGACGGUUCGCACAGCAAGCGUAGCGCCAGUCGUGGCAGGGCAUCAGAAUUGAGCCCAGCCACUCGAUCAUCCUCGGUCGCUCUAGGUCCGACCAAAAAACCGCCGAAUGCCGCGGGCAGGAGAAUGAUUACGAGCCAGGUCAAGGUCGACACAAGCUUUGGUGGACCCCGCGGGGUUGGUAUGCCAGAAAUCAUGCGCACUCAGGGUACUUUGAUUGAGUACAACGUCUCCCGAAUCCGAGAAAGUAUCGAGAAGAUAUUUCAAAUCACAAAUGGAACGCCUUCAAAACAUAGACGCCGAGUCUCGUAG